UUCCCUCUCUUCUUCUUCAUCUUGUUUUAAAUUACUUUCUCUCUCUCUUGCUCAUGUUUAAACCCUAGAUUGGCGAGUUACGAAUUGGAAGCCCAGGUUCCGGCCUUCAUUUCCUCCUCAGUCUAAUUAAGCAUCAAGGAGCUCGAUUUGGUGUAAAUUUCGGUUUUUGGGAGCUUAAAUCAGUUAAAGUAAUUGUCUGCUAGUUACAAUGGUGGAGUUACGAAGUCGCACCCAUUUGCAUUCCCAAUUGCAUUCUAUCCGGACCAUUACAGACGGAUCAAUCAAGAUAUUGCUGAAUGUGGUUGCUAAAGGGAAAUCAAAGCUCAAAUUUAGACAGUUGGUGGAUGUAUACAAUCAGGGAAACACCGAAGAUGAUGAGUCAAUCCCAAUAGUAGUCAGGGAUUUGGACAAUGUUUCUGACAUGACACAAGGUUCUGUUAUGUUUGUCGCUGAGGCGGAUAUCAAAACUGAGCCAGAAGAUUUCAGCCUGACGCUGGAGAAGAUUCGGAAACAAUGCAAAGAAAAGAAGAGGAAACUUAGGAACCGUGGAGAUGCUGUGACCGCCUCACAGGUUAAAGUUAAACAAGAGUCUUUGACUGAAGAUGAAGGAUGUGAUCUUGAGGAGCCUCUUAGCAGUUGGAAUACGAAAUUCUCCAAGAGAAGAAAGAAAAAGCAAGAGGGUAAAACAAAGUGUAGUUCUACUUCCUCUCCAUCUGCUAAAAAGGUUGAUUUGUUGCCUGUCUUUCAUGAUGUCAAGCCCGAGACUUGGGAUGAUAGCUAUUCAGUUCCUGAAGCCAUGGAUUUUAUUCCCACAGACCCUUUACUAGUUUGUAAUAAAGAGCCAGAAUCUACUUCAAAUACAGAGUUGGUGGAAGAGAUUAUUCAUGAUUUGCCCAAGGACACAACACUGGCUCUAUAUUGCACUUCAGCGCCAAAUUUUCCUGGAAUGGUAACCACUGAAGAGCUCAUAACUACAAACCCGGUGGACAAAGAUUUUGAGGAUGCAUCAGAAGAGUUUAUCAAAGCAAGGAAAGCUCGAUGCUGCCUUGUUGAUAACCUUGCUAUUGAGAAUCAGGAAAAUGUUUUGUGCGGUAGUGUAUCUAGAGAAGCGAUUAAAUUGGAGACUCCACAAAGUUCAGAAUCUGAGACCAUUGGUGGUGUCAAGAAUCUCAUUUAUUCUAAUACUAGCUCGGGGACCGAUGAAGUUAUAGAGGAUGAGGAAAGCAAUUAUUCAAAGCCUAACUUAGACAUGGCCAUAACUGGUUUGGAGAUUGUGAAGAUAGAAGCUCCAGAAAUACUUGCUACUGAUUACUCAGGUUUGCUUCCCAUGGAAUUUGGGGUUGAGGAUACCCAGAUUGUGUGGGAAAAUGAAGACAUUGCAAAGGAUGAGUUUCCUGAAGCCACUGAUAUUCUCCAGCUGACCAGCUGUUGUAAUUCACUGGAAAAUUUGCAUUUAGUUUCUGAUGACAGCCCAGUUUCAUUAGAAGAAGAUCAUCUGCCAGAAAGAUUACAACAAUCUUCAUCCUCAGGGAAUGUAGAUGAAGCAGAAGACUACAAAUCAUCACAACUCUUUCAGGCACCUGAAGAGGUUAAAACAGCUGAAGAGACUGACAGUAUCCAGCAACAAGAGCUACAUUCUCAACCUGAAAAACUACUUUCAGGCAGAAAGGCUUUAUCUCCCACCUCUCAAGCAAAACUUCGCAAGGCAAUGGAGCACCCUGAUACACCUGAGAAGCGGUGUACAAAAUCCAAAGGGAAACUCUACUUCAGUAGCCUAAACGCACAUAGGAUCCUUAAGGCUCAAGGGCUGGACAGCAUCGACCGAGUGGAAGUCAUUUCAAAUUCAAAGCAAGCCAUUCGAAAAGCAAACAAUAAUACUCGGCAAACGCAGUAUCAAAGAGCCACACACAAGUCUCCUCGUCGUGAAACUCAGGCAGCAAAACCACAGCCUUUUAGCACUGGACGUACCUCGUUACAAGGUUGCACACAGAAAGCUAUUACCUUCUCUCAAGGGCAAGUGCGUGAUUUUCAAUUUGUUGCAGCUAAGCUCACAAAAGAGCUUAAAUCGAUGAGACAAAUUACAAAGAGAUGUCUCCUAGCUGAAGGCAACCCCUCCAACAUGUCUGACUGUGACUUGGAUGAGGUGAAAGCUUUGAUUGGAAAUGCAGAAAAAACUGAACAGAGUAGCAAGAAAUGGCUUUCCAUGAUCGAACGUGACUGUAAUCGGUUUUGCAAACUCAUGGGUAUGGUCAGAGAAGAUUCUCCAGCUACUGAAAACAUUGUUCAGAAGACAAAGAAGAUUAGAUUUGCAGAUGAUGCAGGAGGAGAUCUCUGCCAUGUCAAGGUUUUUGAUCUUGAUUUGGAAUCUGUAUCAUAAACAAAGUCUGUAAAAUUAGUGUAAACUCUUUCACGUGAGCUCUCUCGCAGCAUUUGUACAUUACUGUUUUUCG